CCGAACCCGCCCGGGGCGGAGCUGCACCUGGUGCGGGCCUGGGGCGUGGCGGGCGCCACGGAGCGCCAGGUGCGGCUUCCGCGUCAAGAUGGCCGCCACCAGCUGGGCUGGGGUCUGGUUCUCAUCCCGCGGCCGCCUUCCCGCCAGGCGCCCGCUGCUGCGAGUUGCCCUCUGCCUCCUGUGCUGGGGCCCGGCGGCUGUGGGCGCCGUCCCCGAGCUCGGGCUCUGGGCAGCGACGAUCAAUGACAAAUCAGGACCUUUGAUAUUUAGGAAAACUAUGUUUAACUCUACUGAGAUCAAGUUUUCUGUUAAGUCAUUCAGCUGCCCUGGGCCUGUGAAGUUUACCAUAGUGUGGCUUUUGGAACAUCAUCCCUGUCACAAUCAAUAUUCUGAGCUGGAAGAGCUGUCACAAAAACAUGAACUUAGUGUCAGUGAAGACUUUUGUGGUCAUUAUUUCAACAGCAGCGAAUGUUGGACAACAAAAAAUGAAAACUUAGAUUGCAACCGUGGUUCACAGGCGUUUCCCUCAUUGAAUAAUAAAGAACGAAUAACAAAUACCAGAAGUGUUACAAACCAGGAAGGGUCAGCGGAUGUUGUAGCCAAAACACAGAGAGAUGGGUUUCAUAUCUUUAUUGUUUCUAUUAAAACAGAAAAAACAGAUGCAAGCUGGAAUUUGAAUGUUUCUCUUUCUAUGAUGGGGCCUCAUGGAUAUAUCUCUGCAUCAGAUUGGCCUCUGAUGAUUUUCUACAUGGUGAUGUGUAUCGUUUAUAUCUUAUAUGGCAUACUCUGGCUGAUGUGGUCUGCCUGCUAUUGGAAAGAUAUACUAAGAAUCCAGUUCUGGAUUGCAGCUGUUAUUUUCCUGGGAAUGCUUGAAAAAGCAGUUUUUUAUGCUGAAUACCAAAACAUCAACAGCACUGGGUUAUCAACCCAGAGUUUACUGAUCUUUGCGGAGUUGAUAUCUGCAAUUAAGAGGACGCUGGCUCGCCUCCUGGUGAUCAUUGUGAGCUUGGGAUACGGCAUUGUGAAGCCUCGUCUAGGAACAGUCAUGCACCGGGUCAUCGGACUGGGGAUCCUUUACUUUAUCUUUGCAGCUGCUGAAGGCGUGAUAAGAGUCAUUGGGGGUUCUAACCAUUUAGCUGUUGUAUUUGGUGACAUUAUUUUAGCCGUUAUUGACUCCAUUUUUGUAUGGUUCAUUUUUAUAAGUUUGGCACAAACUAUGAAAACUCUAAGGCUAAGAAAGAACACAGUGAAAUUUUCUUUGUACAGGCACUUCACAAAUACCCUGAUCUUUGCCAUAAUGGCAUCUGUAGUGUUUAUGGUGUGGACAACUAAGACAUUUAGAAUUGCAAAAUGUCAAUCAGAUUGGAUGGAACGCUGGAUUGAUGAUGCGUUUUGGAGCUUCCUUUUUUCCCUUAUCCUUAUUGUAAUAAUGUUUUUGUGGAGACCAUCAGCAAACAAUCAGAGAUAUGCCUUCAUGCCCUUAAUAGAUGAUUCUGAUGAUGAAAUUGAAGAAUUCAUGGUAACAUCUGAAAAUUUAACUGAAGGAAUAAAAUUAAGAGUCUCAAAAAUGGUUUCCAAUGGAACAGCUAAACCUGCUACUUCUGAUAAUUUUGAUGAAGAUUUGAAGUGGGUGGAGGAAAACAUUCCCUCUUCAUUCACAGAUGUAGUUCUUCCAGUAUUAGUGGAUUCAGAUGAGGAAAUUAUGACCAGAUCUGAAAUGGCAGAAAAAAUGUUCUCUUCAGAAAAAAUAAUGUGAUUGGAACCCACAUAAAUGAAGCUUACAUAACGGUGAAGGAUUUCCUCAAGACUAAAAGAGAACUCUGUUUUGAUACAGUACAAUAAGUUUUUAUUGCAUGAUCUUGGAAAUCUAUGUACUAAAACUAAGAAUUCAGAUGGUGGGAGGGUUCUGCAACCCUUAUUAAGCUGACUCUUGAAUCCAGUUUAAUGUCCAUUAAAUUGCCUAGACUUGGCAAUGACCUGA